AUGAGAAAAUGUAAGUUGUCUACGAUGUCGGAUGAGGAGAUAGAAGCAUAUAUGAUGUCAGUUGAUGAGCAACUCAACGAUGAUGGCUUCGAUAGUGACGACGCUAUUUCUGACCCUGACUUUCAACCUGAUGAUUUCAUUGAGGAGAGUACCGAUAGGGCAAUAUUGGAGUGCUUAGAUGAAAUGGAGGAAGCUAACACAAGCUCUGCAUCUUUGCCAGCAUUCAUUAAUAAUUUAGAAACGCCAUUCCAACUCUUCAAAUACUUUUUUUCUUCAGAAAUUGUCGACCUAAUUGUUAUGGAAACAAAUCGUUCUGCACAUCAGGAAAAUGUCAAUACUUCGUUUUCAGCUACAGAAGCAGAUAUUCACAAAUUUGUAGGAACUUUGUUGUAUAUGUCACUGUACCGAUAUCCAAACAUGGAAAGCUAG